AUGGUGCGAACAAAAAGGGGCUGGAGGGUCAAAGUGACCAGCAGUCUCCUCCUUUGUCUCGGUCUCUGCCUCCUUUGCAUCACGGCCACUUCUGCGCUUGAGGAUGCCUUUGAAGUGCAAGAAACUACCAUCGCGGAACUCCAUGAAGCACUCUUCACGGGCAGCACAACAUGCAGAGCGAUUGUGUCCUCCUUUCUGGCACGCAUUGAGGAGUUCAACCCCCGCAUCAACGCCAUCAUUUCUCUCAACCCACACGCCCUUGAUGUUGCUGACCAGCUGGAUGAGCGAGUCGCGACUUCAUUUCCUCAAAAUGUGAACGUGACGGCCCUGGGCGCUCUCUUCUGUGUGCCCGUCCUCCUCAAAGACAACUUCGACGCUGUGGGCAUGAGCACCACAGCAGGGGGCCGUGCACUCGCGGGCAACACUCCAGCCGAAGAUGCCCCGACAGUGAAAGCCCUAAUCGAUGCGGGGGCUGUCAUAUUGGGCAAGACCAACCUGCAUGAGAUGGCCCUCGAAGGCCUAACCGUGUCCUCUCUCGGAGGCCAGACCCUCAACCCCUACGACCUCACCCGCACACCAGGAGGCAGCAGUGGUGGAAGUGGCGCGGCCGUGGCUGCCAACUUUGCGGUGCUUGCCACAGGGACCGACACCAUGAACUCCCUGCGCAACCCGGCCAGUGCCAACUCCCUGUUCAGCUUCCGUCCCACACGGGGCCUGAUCUCCCGGGCCGGUGUGGUCCCUGUCAGCUUCACCCAGGACACGGUGGGUGCCAUGGCCCGCAACCCCCAGGACCUCGCGGUAGCACUUACCGUCAUGGCCAGUGUGGGCGUCGACCCACGGGACAACGUUACCAUGUUGGCCCCCCCCGAGGCACGGCACAGGGACUACACUGCUGAUCUCCAGGCAGGGGGCAGUCUCAAGGGCCUCCGUCUGGGGGUCCUCAACGGGUUCUUCAACCACACGCCCUCGGCUGAGGCAACACCCGUCAACGAGGUCAUGGCAGGCGUGAUGGCCAAGCUCACUGCAGCAGGGGUAGAGAUCGUCAACAUCACAGACCCCCUGUAUGACUCCCUCGCCAUUGCCAAGUUAGACGUGCAGGCCUUUGAGUUCCGCGAGAUGCUCGAUGCGUACCUGAGCAGCACUGCCUCUUCUACGACUCCUAGCAACACCCCCCCUAGUAACACCAGCACGACACACACCACGUCGAACACCCACUCCCGCACACGCCCCCCAACUACCUUCCACGACCUCUACUUCUCCUCCACCCACGACUUUCUCGUCAUUCCUUCCCAACACCACCUCAUCCACCGCGCAUCCAACCUCUCCACCAGCGACCCAACCUACCUCUCCACCCUGCAACGCAUCCAAGACCUAACCCGUGCCCUCGACGCCACCUUCACUUCCCGCAGUCCCAAUAAUACUCACUUUCCCCUCGACGCCCUCAUCUACCCGCAACAAAAAACCCUCGUCGUCCCCGUCAACUCCCCCUCCCAAUCAAACCGCAACGGCAUCCUCGCCGCGCUAACAGGCUAUCCCGUCGUCUGCAUUCCCGCAGGGUUUUCUCCCCCGCCGUAUUCUGUUGAUGCACCCGUCGGGGUGCCGAUCGGCAUGGAGAUUCUCGGUCGGCCGUGGAGUGAAGGGCGGUUGUUGGAGAUUGCGAGGCUUGUGGGGGAGGUGGUUAUGCCUGUGAGGGUGGUGCCGCCGUUUGUGAAUGGGAGUGUAGAGGGGAGGGGGUAUGACGGGGUGCCUGUUGUUGUGCCGGGUGGGAUUAUGGGGGGUGGUUGGGAGGGGGUAUAUCCGAUGGGGAUGUUGUGA